UUCCCCGUUUCCGCAGACAAUGGUUUAAGAUUUAACUUGCUCCUCCGUCUCCUUCGUCGUCACCCGCCCCAUACAGUCACACUCACACACUACACUACAACAACUAUACAUCACCAACCACCGUAUCAGUCCCCACCCUCUCUCUCUCUCUCUCUCUCUCUCUCUCUCUAAGAUUUCCAUAAUUUCUUAUUACUCUUUCCCCUCCAGAAAGACGCGUGCUUCGAUUUCGCUUCUUGUUUUUACGUCUCUCAUCGUCCACUGCAGACUCUGUUUUCUUUUUUUUAUAAUGGAUUUUGGUGCAAUUUGAGUUGUAAAACCCGAGAAAAUGUGUUCUUACUUCUGUUAAUUUGGAAUGUGUUUUCUCAGGGAAUGAUUUGAAGCUUCUCUUGUCUGGCAUCAUUUAGUGCUCUGGUUUUUGGAUAGGAAGCUGUACACACAUUUUCGUUUUGACUUGUUUGGAUUUUCAAGCUGGUUAUGCGAGCUCCAGAUUUUUCAAUUCAUGGUUUAAUGGUGUUUGAAUAAUGACUAGCAUCAGAGCUCCAGCUAUCGAGAGAACCACAACCCUCUCGGUUGCUGUCAAGUGCAGACCUUUAACGGAGAGAGAACGUGGCAACACCGUUCGUGUUAAUGACAACAAGGAGGUGAUUAUUCUGGAUCCUGACCUGUCAAAGGACUACCUCGAUAAGAUACAGAAUCGAACCAAACAGAAGACAUUUUGUUUCGAUCACGCCUUUGGUCCUCAUUCUGCAAAUUUGGAAGUCUAUAAGAGAAGCAUAUCUUCUAUAAUCUCUGGGGUUGUUCAAGGUCUAAAUGCCACUGUCUUUGCCUAUGGUUCAACUGGAAGUGGUAAAACGUAUACAAUGGUUGGGACCAAAGAAGAUCCUGGGCUUAUGGUUCUCAGUUUGCGUACAAUUUUUGAUCUUAUCAAUAAACAUAAGAGCUCUAAUGAUUUUGAAGUCUCUUGUUCCUACCUUGAAGUCUACAAUGAGGUUAUCUAUGAUUUGCUUGAAAAAUCAUCAGGUCAUUUGGAACUUCGAGAGGAUCCAGAGCAGGGAAUAAUUGUUGUUGGAUUGAGGCGUAUCAAGGUUCAUUCAGCUGAUAAGAUUCUUGAGUUAUUGACCUUAGGAAAUAACAGGCGGAAAACAGAGAGUACAGAGGCUAAUGCAACGUCAUCUCGAUCACAUGCCGUUUUAGAGAUAAUUGUGAAAAGAAAGCAGAGAAUCAAGUAUAGAAAUCAAGUUAUACGAGGGAAACUUGCACUUGUGGAUCUUGCUGGCAGUGAAAGAGCUUCUGAGACAAAUAGUGGAGGUCAAAGGCUAAGGGAUGGAGCUAAUAUUAACCGUUCCCUUCUUGCUUUAGCAAACUGCAUUAAUGCCUUAGGGAAACAACAAAAGAAGGGUCUUGCUUAUGUCCCUUACCGCAAUAGCAAGCUAACACGUAUACUUAAAGAUGGUUUGAGUGGUAAUUCUCAGACUGUCAUGGUUGCUACAAUAUCCCCUGCAAACAGUCAGUAUCAUCAUACCAUAAAUACCUUGAUGUAUGCUGACCGAGCAAAGGAAAUAAAGAUGCAUAUUCAGAAAAAUGUUGGCACGAUUGAUACCCAUGUGUCAAAUUACCAAAAGAUGAUUGAGAGUCUUCAGAUUGAGGUUUGCCGUUUGAGAAAAGAACUGGCUGAAAAGGAAUCCCAACUAAGUGUAAAACCUGCUGAAAAAACUGUAGAUGAUGAGCUUUCAUGGUUGAAUAUUUUAAGCUGCGAAACCAGUGAAAAUGUCCAGGAACGUAUAAACUUACAGAAGGCAGUAUUUGAACUUGAGGAAAUUAAUCGUCGUAACCGCAUUGAACUCCAACAUCUUGAUGAUGCAAUUGCAAAACGACAGGAAGGAGCAGUUGUAGGGGUUCUGAGAGCAAGGCGACAAAUCAUCCUUGAUAACAUUCGUGACAAUGAUGAGGUUGGCAUCAAUUAUCAAAAGGAAAUUGAAGAAAAUGAGAAGCAUAGAUGCCAACUGCAAGAUAUGAUUGAUAAAGCCAUUAGUAAGGAUGGGAAUAAAACCUACUUGCGGAUUCUCAGUCAAUACAGGCUUCUGGGAAUGACUAAUACCGAACUUCAAUUUGAAAUGGCUAUGAGGGAUCAAAUCAUCCAUAACCAACGAGAAGCGCAGAGAAACCUGUGGAAUUUACUCAUGGGAUUAGGACUUGAAAAGAAAAUUUUGAUGGACAUUGCGGCUAAAAAUGGAAUAAUAAUUGAAGAUUGGACGAUGAUGCCCCAACUGGGGAUUUCAGAUAAGAAGCAAUCCUUGGUUUCUGCUUGUGGCAGAUGUGCUCCCACCGGACAUAAUCAGUGUACUGAUAAUUCAUUUUCUAGAUCAUGCACCUUCCAAAACUAUCAAGAUUUUGGGUCCAGGUCAUUUUCUAGGAGCCCUUUGGAUACUGGUAAUACUUUUUGCAGGGAAGAGCACCAUAAUUCUCAUUACAUGCUAUCUCAUGAUCAAUCUCCUCCGCCACAUCUGAGGUUGAGGAAGAGUACUGACUGUUGGAUUGGUGUCAGGCCAGAAUCCUGGCUUGGUGUACCUAUUAAGCAUCCCCAAAAUUUGCGCACUUCAUGCCCAGAGUUGAGAACUUGGGGCUUCCCCUUUUAGCGAAGGCUGCCCAUCAACUUCAUUUUCUAGUGGAACUAGAGAAACGAAACAACAGUUCGCAACAUCCAUAUGGGAGUCCUAGUGCUGGAAUGACUGCUAGCCAAACAGUGAUGAAUCAUGGUGGAACAAACCAAGGUUGCUUGUGAAGCUCAAACCAUAUGUUGUCAGCACACUGAGCUCCUUAGUGACUCGAACAUUUCCUGCGUUCCUUCAUUUGAUACUGCAGGGCACAAUCUCUUUUGUAACCUGCAGUUCUAACACCAAAGUUAAUUUGUGUAGAUGUAUUAUCCUUCUGUGCUAUUUUUUAACUUUUUCCCCCCACCAGUUGUACAUAUAAGGAGUAGCAUAGGAGAAUUUUCAAAGUAAAGAAGGUGCUAGGUGCAGAUUUUGUUGAUUUUUCCCCAUUUCAGGAUCAGGGAGGGGACGUCGAGCGCAAAUGAGAAGUAGUUGGAUAAACUAUUAAAUGCUACACUUUUGUUUGGU